AUGGCGCAAAAGAUAACCAAAAUCUCCCGAGUCAGCCCAGCAACAGACUCACUCGACUCGCUGAUUCUUCCACUCACUUUCUUCGACUUACGGUGGUUAAAAUUCCAUCCAACCGAGAGAAUCAUCUUCUACAAACUCAACCAAGACUCAUCGCGCGAGUCCUUCCACGCAGUGAUCCUCCCCAAGCUUGAGCGCUCUCUCUCCGAUGUCCUCCGUCACUACCUCCCGCUCGCAGGCCGCCUCACAUGGGACCCACAAGAUCCAAAGCCACACAUCGUCGUCUUCCCCAACGACUACGUCCCGUUGACGGUUGCGGAGAGCGACGCUGACUUUUCCCGUGUUUCCGGGAAAGGGUUACGUCCCGAGACGGAGGUACGUUCUCUGGUGCCGGAGCUUUCGGUUUCUUGUGACUCGCCGCCUGUUCUUUCUCUGCAAGUCACACUGUUCCCGAACCAAGGGUUUUGUAUCGGCAUAGCAGCUCAUCAUUCUGUUAUGGACGGUAAAACAAUGGCUUUGUUUAUCAAAUCAUGGGCUCACAUAUGUAAACAUGGAACCUUUGUUUUACCGGAGCGUUUAACUCCGUGUUUAGAUCGUACGGUCAUCAAUGUUCCAGCUAGUCUUGAUGCAAAGAUCUUGGAACUAGUGUCGUUUUUUUCAGAAGACAAAACCAACUUGAGAUCACUUAAGCUGCCUCCUACGGGGGACAUCAGUUCGGACGUAGUCCGAGUCACACUCGAGUUGACUCGGGAGAACAUCGAGAAACUUAGGGAGCGAGCCAAGAGCGAGUCGAGUCGCUCUCAUCUUGAGCUUCACUUGUCAACGUUUGUUCUAGCCAACGCCUACUUAUGGACAUGCUUGGUGAAGACGCGCGGAGCCGACGUGGAUAGACCGGUGCGUUUCAUGUACGCUGCUGAUUUCAGAAACCGGUUAGAUAGACCGGUUCCCGAAUUGUACUUCGGAAACUGUGUGUUCCCAAUCGGUUGCUUUGGAUACAAAGCGGGAGUAUUUUUGGGAGAAGAUGGAUUUGUUAACACCGUCGAAAUUCUAAGUGAUUCAGUUCAAAGUAUCGCUUCACAGGAUAUUGAAACAGUUUGCGAGUUGUACAUUGAUGGAACCAAGAGCGUGAAACCCGGUACGCAGACUGGGUCCAUUGCUGGGUCAAACCGGUUUGGACUAUACACGUCGGAUUUCGGGUGGGGAAAACCCGUUAACAGUGAGAUCGUGUCCAUUGACCGGAACGAGGCGUUUUCCAUGUCGGAAAGGAGGGAUGAGCCAGGCGGUGUGGAAAUCGGCUUGUGUCUGAAGAAAUGUGAGAUGGAUAUAUUUAUUUCUCUGUUUCAAAAUGGUUUGAAAAAUUAA